AUUUUCAUCAAUUCACAUUUUUUCCGCUCGCGAGUCGCAUUUACUGUCGCCGCCACAUUGGAUUAUAAUUUCCAAAGUACGCAAAUAUAAAUUAGCGGCCACCGAGAGCAUUUUGAGCAUUUAUUAAGUUUAAUUGCCUUAUCGAUUGGCUGGCGUGUCGCGUGGCAACUCUGAUCUGUACUUCUGAUACAGAUAAAAAACUAUUGACUAUUGAACCGUCUAUCUAUAAUCGAGAAAUUGCGCGCUAAUUUCCUGAUUGAGGAGCAAUCGUCGUCGGCUCCAAUCGAAAUAAUUGUUCAGCAGAUCCCCCAAGAAACCAAGAUGAGUGAAGAGGUUCCCGCGUCGCCGGUCGCCAUCAGCGAACUCAAAUACGAAGAUAUGGGGCAGCUAAACUUUUCCAAACUGUACUCGCCGAAGAUGAAGAGCGUCUACUGGCGCUACUUCGGCUUCCCUUCCAACGACAACAACGAGGUAAUCACCAAGCAGAACGUGGUCUGCAUUAAAUGUCACAAGGUCCUGACCAACCACGGCAACACGACCAACUUGCGGGCGCAUCUGCAGCACCGCCAAGAUCUGUUCAAGGAGCUGUGCCAGGAACACGACAUUCACGUACCGCCGCGGAAAACGCCGCGCAACGUCACCCACCCGCCGCUGUCCAAGCGCAAUGUGUCGACCCGCCGCGUCAAGCUGGAGUUUAUCAAUAAUCGAAACCACGACAACGCCUCGGAUGAGGAACUGGACGAGGCAGCAGUGGCUACCGCAGCGAUGCAGGCGGAGGAGGACGGCUCCUCGCAGACAUUGCUGUACGAGACCAUGGUCCCCUUCACCUAUGACGAGGCCGAUCAAUUGGUGGAAGAAGAUGAGCGCGUGGUCACCAUGGAGGCAAAGUACGCCCGUAAGCGCAAACUGGCUACGCCCUCCAGUAACCUUCACCACUCGCGGGGAAUUAAGCACGAGGAUGGCGGUUAUGUGACGCCCGCCAUUGCCAAUCUGCCGGAGGCCCUCACGGACAUCGUCUUCAAGGAUCUGCGCAAUGUGGACUCCCUGUACGACGCUGGUUUCAGUGACUUUGUGCGACAGGUGGUGGGCAGCUCGUCUCCCAUGCCCGAGCCGCAGAAGAUUGAAUCAUUGAUCGCCGAGAUGCAUGCCUCCAAGUUCCUGGAGAUUGGCGACAUCACACGGGAGUACACCAACGAGAAGCCCUUCUCCUUUGCAUUCGAGCAGUGGGUCAAUGUGGAGCAGCGGCGCUUCCUGAGCAUCUAUCACCACUAUUUGGACGAGGAGACGCAGUCGGUUAGAAGUGUGCUGUACGCCACCGUUGAGUACACAGACUACAUAGUCUUUGACGAUCUGCUGACGGACUUUUACUUGCCCAACUGUACCUUGGCCAUCGUCAACUACGACGAUGAGCAUGAGGACUUACUGCACACAUAUCUCAGGGAAAAAAAUAUUCCCAUUAUAUUGUGCUACGUUACGAUAAUUGACAAAUGCCUGCGUCGCGUCUUUGAGAUUGAGGAGGUUGCGUCGCUUCUGGAGCAGGUGAAAGACAUUAUUCAGCGGCACUCAGCCGAGAUCAGCGCCAAGGUUGCGGAGCUGCCGUCCUACAAUGAGAACUUCCCAUGGACUUUGUACGAAAUGCUCAAGUUCUUUGCCGAGUCCAUUUCUUGGUCCGAUGACAUGGAUCAGCUCGUACUGACGGCGAAAACUGUGACUGAGGCACUCAGUGCUCUGGUGAUUGCUCUGGACACGUUGCGCGGCGAGGAUAUCCCCUUGAGCAGCAUGCUGUCGCCGAUCACCUCCAAGAUUCUCAUCAAGAAGCUCGGCAUUGCCGAGCAAGACGACUCGCUUAUGAUGAAUGUGAAGCGCACCAUUGCCGGUGUGCUGCAGUCUCACAUCAUUUCCAAUGACAAUCUGACAGCUGCUGCAUUGUUGGACCCGCGGUUCCACCGCCUAACCACCAUUGAUAAUCUGGACAGAUGUGUUCGCAUGUUGACCCACAAGUACAACAAAGCCUUUGGAGGAACGCCUAGCGGCGACUCGUCCGAUGUGACACCCACAACCUCCGUGAACACAUCGUCUACUGUUAAUAUCAAGGCAGAGCCAAGGGCAAUGGGUGGAGGAUCAGCCAGGCGAACUGGAGCUACUCUUUGACAUUGCCGAAAUCCCGAGCCGCCAAAGCGGGACUCUGACAGCACUGUAGAGACGGAUCUGAAGCGCUACCGCAAUGAGGUAAUCGUUCAGCUUGACGAGUCCCCGAUUGAGUGGUGGCACAAGAUGGGCCACAUAUAUGGAACGCUGCGCGACCUGGCCACCCUGUACCAGAGCGUGCCCGGCGUGGUGACCCUCAGCUUCAAGAAGGCUCUGCGCGACCAAAUCUACGAGUUCAACAAGCGCUAUAUGCUCACGGGCAACCAAAUAGAUGCAAUCCUCUUCCUGCACCAUCACAGUAAUUAGGCCGCAAGAAUAGAAACAUGUUUUUAUAUCGUAUAAAUACAAUUUAAUUAUGUAUAUUAAUCUUAAUCCGACCGUAUGUAUGUAUGUAUGUAUAUGGACACGACGGCACCACGGGCACUGCAAAGUAUUUACCAACCCAGAUUGGUAAAGGAAGGACAACUUUUAUAGUUUGCAUACGAAAACAGAAGGUAUAAUCCAUCGCGUAUAUUAUGUCCCAAUGAAUCAAGUAACUCUUAGUAUACAUAUACCUGUUAAUAAAAGUAAUUCAAUUAUACAAAGUAAAGGAUAUCGUUAAUCACAGCCUAUCCAGUUACGAGACGGAAUCAUGUUCAGAAAUGUUUAAAAAACACUUCUUCCUUAAACAGACUAAACUAAUCUUACAAUUAAAAAAAAUCGCUUAAUUUGUAUAUUGAUAUUUGGGAUUUUAAAUAGAUUUGAAUUACUUUCUUCAAUUUUUAGAAAUGGUCUGUAUGUAACAAAUAAAUAUCAUAAACUA